AUGGCCAUCACAGGGCAAGCAGCAAAUCCAGCGCCUGAGCCGCACAUCGAUCUGCAAAAAGGAUGGCCUACACCGCGACUCCUACCAGCGAACAGUCUACGAGCUGCGGCAGAAGCAGUACUGGUGAACCCGAAACGCGCAACCGAGGCACUGCUGUACGGACCCAACAAAGGCGACCCAGCCUUGCGGAAGGCCUGCGCAGAAUGGUUUCAGCGCCUCUACCAUCUUCCAUCCUCAAGCGAGGCCAACUCAAUUGACCGCAUCUGCAUCACUUCCGGUGCAUCGGCGAAUUUGGGCUGCAUAAUGGCGGCGUUCACAGAUCCCGUCUAUACGCGCCGGAUCUUCAUGGUCGAGCCAACAUACUUCCUGGCGUGCACCGUCUUCGAGGACUUCGGCUUCCAAGGUCGGUUAGUGGGCGUUCCUGAGGACGAGGAAGGUUUAGACGUCACUGUCUUGCGCGAACGCCUGGAGGCUGCGGAUCAACAAGGUGACGCCUCGGACCUGCGACGCUUCAAAACGCUGCCUCAAUAUCCCAAACUCUACAGACACGUGAUCUAUCUGACCCCGACGUUCAGCAAUCCUAGUGCCAAGACAUAUUCAGUGAAGCGAAGAGAAGCCCUGAUCGACCUUGCGAGAGAAAAGGACGCCCUCAUCAUUACAGACGACUGCUAUGACUUCUUGAACUGGAAAAGCACACCUCAGUCGAGUCAGGUCCAAUCCAACGGCAACAGUAACGGUGCCGUUCAUUCUUCAAUUCCUCCAAGACUCACCGACAUCGACCGCACCCGGCCCGGGGGUGACCCUGUAUGGGGCAACACCGUCAGCAACGGGUCGUUCUCCAAGAUCAUGGGUCCCGGCAUGCGCUGUGGCUGGGCCGAAGCAACGCCAAAAUUUAUCACGAAGCUGAAUCAGGUUGGAUCGACGCUUUCGGGAGGUGCGCCAGGACAGUUCUCAUCCGUCCUGAUCGAGCACGCUCUCCGCACGGGCAGCAUGGAAGACCACAUCCGCGACGUGGUCGUACCCCUGUAUCGACAGCGUGCAGCUUCCUUGCGAAAAGCGGUCGAAACGUACCUGUGCCCGUUCGGAGUGGUUGUGGAUGACGGCGUCUCACGGGGUGGGCACGACGGCGGCUCCCACAACGAACUCCACGGCGGGUUUUUCCUGUACCUGCUCUUCCCAGAAGGCGUUUUGGCGGAUGCUGUAGCGGCGCAUGCGCUGAAGAGUUACAACGUCAAGUUCCUGGCCGCGGGUUCAAUGACGGUGAGGGGGAGCGGCACGUCCACGGACAUCUUGCGAAGAGGUGCUAGGUUGUGUUGGGCUUGGGAAGAGGAGAGCGUGCAGGUCGAGGGCGUCAAGAGAAUAGCUUCGGCAUUGGCUGAUGUGACUGCUGAGUAG